AUGGACACUCCUACUCUUCCUCUGGAGUUUUUUAUCUUCAGUUCUUCUGAUCCCACGAUGCACCGGGUUCUGCUGCUCCUGUCCCUGGUCGGAGUCUCUUCGGCUUUGAGACCCGAGUGGCAGCCGGGGACCUACACCCCCGACGAGGCCGGCGCCCAGAAGUUCACCAGCGAGUACAAUUCGACCGCCGAGCAAGUCUUCUCCUACAGCACGCAAGCCAGCUGGACGUACAACACCAACCUGACCGAGUACAACUCCCAGCAACAGGUGCGUGCUAACCUGGAUAAGCAGGAGUUCACGGAGGCGUGGGGGCAGGUGGCUAAAAGCACUUUCCCCGACUCCCUCAUGGACAAAUUCACCGAUCCAGACCUGAAGAACCUGAUCAAGAAGAUCAACGUUCUGGGACCCGCCAACCUCCCUACUGCAGAGAGAGAGAGGUACAAUUCCAUCCUGAGUCAGAUGGACAGCAUCUACUCCACCGCUAAAGUGUGUCCGACCGGGGACGAGUGCUGGUCUCUAGAGCCCGAGGUGACGAAGAUUAUGGCCUCGUCCCGGAGCUACAAGAAGCUGCUGUUCGCCUGGGAGGGCUGGCACAACGCCUCCGGGGUCCCACUGAGACCGCUUUACCCCGAAUUCGUUCAGCUCAGCAACAAAGCUUCAACUAUGGAUGGCUUUAAUGACACGGGCGAUUACUGGCGCUCCUGGUACGAGACUCCGAGCUUCGAGCAGGACCUGGAGGAGCUUUUCAAACAGCUCCAGCCUCUUUACCUCAACCUGCACGCCUUCGUACGCCGCAAGCUCUACGAUUACUACGGCCCCAAGUACAUCAACCUCAAGGGUCCCAUCCCUGCCCAUCUUCUUGGGAACAUGUGGGCGCAGGCCUGGAACAACAUCUACGACAUGAUGAUCCCGUUCCCCAACAAGCCCAACAUGGACGUGACCGACGCCAUGGACGCAAAGGGUUAUGACGCUGAGCGUAUGUUCCGGGUGUCCGAAGAGUUCUUCACGUCUCUGGGUCUGGAAGAGAUGCCUUCUAAGUUCUGGAACGACUCCAUGCUGGAGAAACCGACCGACGGUCGAGAGGUGGUGUGCCACGCCUCUGCCUGGGACUUCUACAACCGCGAGGACUUCAGGAUUAAGCAGUGCACCACGGUGACCAUGGACCAGCUCUUUACCGUCCACCACGAGAUGGGCCACGUCCAGUAUUACCUUCAGUACAAGGACCUGCCGGUCAGCUUCAGGCGUGGCGCCAACCCCGGUUUCCACGAGGCCAUCGGGGACGUGCUGGCGCUGUCUGUCUCCACGCCCAAACACCUCCACACUAUCGGCCUGCUGGACACCCUGACAGAUGACGCUGAGACGGACAUUAAUUACCUGCUGAAGAUGGCUCUGCAGAAGAUCGCCUUCCUUCCGUUCGGGUACCUGAUCGAUCAGUGGCGCUGGGGCGUGUUCAGUGGGCGUACGCCACCCGAAAUGUACAAUUCAGAGUGGUGGUACCUCAGGACUAAAUAUCAGGGCGUCUGUUCACCGGUGAGACGGACGGAGGAGCAUUUCGACCCCGGGGCCAAAUACCACAUUCCAGGAAACACUCCGUACAUCAGGUACUUUGUGAGCUUCAUCCUGCAGUUUCAGUUCCAUCAGAAGCUCUGUCAGGAGGCCGGACACGUCGGACCUCUGCACAAGUGCGACAUCUACAGAUCAGACAAGGCCGGAGCCAUUCUACAGAAGGUCAUGCGCGCCGGAUCGUCCAAACCCUGGACCGAGGUACUACAGGAAGCUCUGGGCACAAACAAGAUGGACGCGGCGGCGCUGAUGGAGUACUUCCAGCCCAUCACCACCUGGUUAGAGGAGCAGAACAAGUUGACGGGCGAGACUCUGGGCUGGCCCGACUUCAACUGGACGCCGCCCGUCCCGGAGGGUUACCCGGCCGACAUCGACAAGAUCACGGACGAGGCUCAGGCGGAGCAGUUCCUGUCCCAGUACAACAGCACGGCCGAGGAGGUGUGGAACGCCUACACAGAGGCAUCAUGGGACUACAACACCAACAUCAACGAGGAGAACAAGCAGAUCAUGCUCCAGAAGAACCUGGACAUGGCCAAUCACACCAAGACGUACGGGCUGGAGGCUCGCAAGUACGACAGCACCGACUUCCAGGAUCCCUCAGUGAAGAGGAUCCUCAAGAAGCUCAGUGACCUGGAGAGGGCGGCGCUGCCUGAUACACAACUGAAGGAGUACAAUAAUCUGUUAGCCUCCAUGGAGACGACGUACAGCGUAGCUAAAGUGUGCAGGAGCGAUGGUACCUGUCUACCACUCGAUCCAGACCUGAAUAAGAUCAUGUCGGAGUCCCGGGACUACGACGAGCUGCUGUUCGCCUGGCACGGCUGGAGGAACGCUUCGGGAAGGGAACUGCGCCAGGGCUACAAGAGAUACGUGGAGCUUGCCAACUUAGCUGCCACGAGUAACGGUCACGCGGAUAACGGGGCUUUCUGGCGCUCCCUGUACGAGACCCCGACCUUCGAGCAGGAUCUGGAGGCGUUAUGGAAGGAUCUGCAGCCGCUGUACCUCAACCUGCACACGUACGUGCGCAGAGCGCUCUUCAAGAAGUACGGGAAGGACCGGGUCAACCUCAAGGGGCCCAUCCCUGCACACUUACUAGGAAACAUGUGGGCACAGACCUGGUCAGGAAUCAUGGACCUGGUGAUGCCGUACCCCGAUGCCACCCAGGUGGACGUCUCACAAGCCAUGAUAGACAAGGGUUGGAAUGCGUGGCGUAUGUUUGAAGAGUCCGACAGCUUCUUCACGUCCAUAGGUCUUCUGCCCAUGCCUCAGGAAUUCUGGGAUAAAUCCAUGCUGGAGAAGCCCACCGACGGACGAGAGGUGGUGUGCCACGCCUCAGCCUGGGACUUCUACAACCGCAAAGACUUCAGGAUCAAGCAGUGCACGGUGGUGAACAUGGACGACCUGAUCACCGUGCACCACGAGAUGGGACACGUACAGUACUUCCUGCAGUACAAGGACCAGCCCAUUUCCUUCCGCGACGGGGCCAAUCCAGGAUUUCACGAGGCCAUCGGGGACGUGCUGGCACUGUCUGUGUCCACGCCCAAACAUCUGCACACCAUCGGCCUGCUCGAUAAGGUCGACGACAACCCAGAGAGCACCAUCAACUACCUGAUGAGCAUCGCCCUGGAUAAAAUCGCCUUCCUGCCCUUCGGGUACCUGAUGGAUCAGUGGCGCUGGAAGGUGUUCGAUGGAAGGAUAUCGAGCGACGAGUACAACAAGGAGUGGUGGAACCUCAGGCUGAAGUACCAGGGUCUGUGCCCGCCUGUGACCCGCACAGAGGAAGAUUUCGACCCAGGCGCCAAGUUUCACAUCCCGGCCAACGUCCCAUACGUCAGGUACUUCGUGAGCUUCGUGAUCCAGUUCCAGUUCCAUGAAGCUCUGUGUAAGGCUGCUGGUCAGACUGGUCCUCUCCACAACUGCGACAUUUAUCAGUCAAAAGAGGCGGGAAAACUCCUCGGUGACAUGAUGAAGCUGGGCUUCAGUAAGCCAUGGCCCGAAGCGAUGGCCAUGAUCACCGGGCAGCCCAAAAUGUCAGUGCAGCCCUUGAUGAGUUACUUCCAGCCUCUGAUCAGCUGGCUGGAGCAGGAGAACAAGAAGAACGGAGAUGUUCUUGGCUGGCCCGAAUACAACUGGAUGCCCGUCACAACUGCUGCAGUCGUGGAGGAGAAAGAUUCCUCUGCCUCUUUUCUGGGCUUGACGGUGGACGAAGCUGCAGCCUCAGCCGGUCAGUGGGUUCUACUGGUACUGGGAAUCGUCCUCCUGCUCUCCACCAUCUUCCUGGCCUACAAAUACCAGAAAUCCAGGAGACAAAACAGCAAAUCUCUCUCUCAAAUCGAGCUCAAAUAGAAGGCUUUCAGGACGAGUCCGUGUGUAGGCAGAAGUUCCUGUGUGGUUGUUUUUAUUUUCCUGAAACUAAAGACAAAAUCGAGCGCUUUUCUGAAUGUCUUUAUAUUUAUUAAUAAUUUUUGGUCAAAUUUGUUUGACUAUGCAAAUUAAUGUUGUAAUUUAUUUGUAAAAAAAUGAAACGUUGAAAGUCUGGUGGUUUCUCAAUUAAAUUUGUAAAGGCUAAAACUGUGUACGCAUU